UAUCAUUUUUAUUUUUGUCACUCCCUCUCUCACUCCGGGCACGGUCGUUGCCUCAGACGCCACAAACACAACCAUUCCCAUCCUUCAAUAAUUUGGGAAAGGUCACGGCGCCAAGCCACCCUCAACCUUCACCAACCAAUCCAAAUCCGACACGUGUCGUGCUCCUUUCGAGGACACAGGCAUUUCUUACGUACGUGGGGAUCUCCCACCUUCAGCCGUCAGUAGAAUUUCUCCCACUAUUGAUCGGCUGACUCUUUCUCACCCGUAACGACGUCGUUCACCUACCUUUGUUGUCGUUGUAGUCGUCUUCUACACCGAUCUCUGCGUUUCAAUCACUGCCGCCAUUAACAUCUACUUUAUUUGCUUUCUCUUUCUUCUGACUCUGUUAAUGCCGCGGAAUUUGAAGAGCUAGAUCUUCAGGAAUUCGAAGGCAAUGCUGUGAGUUCGAAUUCUAGGUCUCGAUUUGCCGAAUCUCGGAUUCUCCGGUUUGGAUGAUGAGCGAUCAGGUCACAUAGGUCUGGGGGUGCUGAUCUCGCUGGAAGCUGAGGCUGCGAUCCGAGAGCUUCCCAGUUAGCGAGAAUAUCUUUCGGUUUUUGUCAAUCGCGAUUGUGGAGUGUGGAAUUUCGGGUUGUAAACGAUGUCGUCUAAAGUGAUCUAUGAAGGUUGGAUGGUUCGCUAUGGACGAAGGAAGAUCGGCCGUUCUUUCAUUCACAUGCGCUAUUUUGUUCUCGAGUCUCGGCUUCUUGCCUACUACAAGAGGAAGCCUCAGGAUAAUCAGGUUCCAAUAAAGACAAUGUUAAUUGAUGGCAACUGUAGAGUAGAGGAUCGAGGUCUGAAGACCCACCAUGGACAUAUGGUUUAUGUUCUGUCUGUAUACAACAAGAAGGAAAAAUACCAUCGGAUUACGAUGGCUGCAUUUAACAUCCAAGAGGCACUGAUCUGGAAGGAAAAAAUUGAACUCGUAAUUGAUCAGCAUCAGGGUUCAGAAGUUGCAAAUGGUAACAGGUAUACUUCUUUUGAAUACAAAUCUGGAAUGGACAAUGGGAGGACUGCUUCAUCGUCUGAUCAUGAAAGUCAGUUCAGUGCACAAGAGGACGAAGAUGAGGCUCAUCCAAAUUUAUUACGGAGAACGACAAUUGGAAAUGGCCCUCCAGCGUCCAUUUUUGAUUGGACAAGGGAGAUAGAUUCGGAUUUGUCAAAUCAGAAUAUUAACAAUCAGGCAUUUUCUAGGAAGCUUUGGCGUCUUCUUCAAUGCCAAAAUGGGCUUCGAAUUUUUGAGGAGCUGCUUGAAGUUGAAUACCUUCCAAGGAGUUGUAGCAGAGCAAUGAAGGCUGUUGGUGUGGUAGAGGCUUCCUGCGAACAAAUAUUUGAGCUUGUAAUGAGCAUGGAUGGAACUCGGUUUGAGUGGGACUGUAGCUUCCAGUAUGGUAGCUUAGUGGAGGAGGUAGAUGGUCACACGGCAAUACUCUAUCAUAGACUUCAGCUGGAUUGGUUUCCAAUGGCUGUGUGGCCUCGUGACCUUUGCUAUGUCCGUUAUUGGCGUCGAAAUGAUGAUGGGAGUUAUGUUGUGUUGUUUCGCUCUAGGGAGCAUGAAAAUUGUGGACCCCAGCCAGGAUUUGUUCGGGCACAUAUUGAGAGUGGAGGGUUUAACAUUUCCCCUUUAAAACCACGAAAUGGGAGACCCAGAACACAGGUUCAACAUCUUAUGCAGAUUGAUCUGAAAGGAUGGGGUGUGGGUUAUGUAUCAUCAUUUCAGCAGCAUUGUCUUCUUCAGAUGUUAAAUAGUGUAGCUGGAUUACGUGAGUGGUUUGCCCAAUCCGAUGAAAGGAAUGCUCCUCCCAGAAUCCCUGUUAUGGUCAAUAUGGCUUCAGCAUCUGUUUCGUCCCAUAAGAAUCAGAAGCUGCAUGAGUCUUCUGUCCAUUUUGACAGUUCUGCAAACCGAAAUUCAGUGAUGAUUGAUGAAUACUCUGAUGAGGAUGAGGAAUUUCAAAUUGCUGAGGCUGAGCAAGAGGCGUAUCGAAAUGGACAAGAAAGUGAUAUGAAGAAAAUAGAAGAAGAACCAACAGUACCAAUUGAUUUAUCAUGUUUUUCGGGUAAUUUACGGCAUAAUGACCGUGAUAAUGCCCGUGAUUGCUGGAAAAUUUCUGAGGGGAACAACUUCAGAGUCCGCAGCAAGCAUUUUUGUUAUGACAAAUCCAAGAUUCCUGCUGGUAAACAUAUAAUGGAUCUGGUUGCCGUUGAUUGGUUUAAAGAUACUAAAAGAAUGGACCAUGUAGCAAGGCGUCAAGGAUGUGCAGCACAAGUUGCAUCGGAGAAAGGGCUUUUUUCCUUUAUUGUAAAUCUGCAAGUUCCCGGAUCAACCCAUUACAGUAUGGUCUUUUAUUUUGUCACUAAGGAAUUAGUACCUGGUUCCCUCUUGCAACGUUUUGUUGAUGGUGACGAUGACUUCCGCAAUAGUAGACUGAAGCUCAUCCCAUCAGUUCCCAAGGGUUCAUGGAUUGUUCGGCAGAGUGUCGGUAGUACCCCAUGUUUAUUAGGAAAAGCAGUUGAUUGCAACUAUAUUCGUGGUCCCAAGUACUUAGAGAUUGAUGUCGACAUAGGUUCUUCAACUGUUGCUAAUGGGGUUCUAGGGCUGGUAGUUGGAGUGAUUACGACAUUGGUGGUUGACAUGGCUUUCCUUGUACAGGCAAAUAGUACAGAUGAAUUGCCUGAACGGCUAAUUGGUGCCGUACGUGUUUCGCAUAUAGAGCUUAAAUCAGCAAUAGUCCCAAAGCUGGAGCCAGAUCCAUCCUGACUAACCAAGAACACUUCACCUUACAGAUUCCAUACAAAAUCAUUUGUUUAAAUGGGCAUGCAUGUGAUGCAUCCUGUUUCAUUGCUAUAUGUCAAUAUAGAGCAAUGAACAUCAUCAGUUCUUUCUGAGAUUUUUUUGCAUAAAAUAGUGUUAAGUGUUCAUACUGUUAAUAAGUUUACAUACUUAAUUUUGUUCAUAUUAUUUUUUCCCCUCAAUUUGAAAUGUCUUCAUUAGAGCCCCUUCUAUACUUGACACAUAUGGGCAAAAAUGAGUUUAGGUGUUAACAAGUAUUCUAGGUGAUAGAGAACUGGCUUCCUCCGCUUGAGGAGAAUUCGAUGCUAUAUUGUGUUCAAGUUUUGGUAUGGUGAUGCCAUAUUUGGAAUGUCGAACUUUCUUUUAUAAAGCAUUACACGAUGAAGAAAUGGUGACAUUCAUUCUUUUAA